AUGAAUAAACUUCAUGUUUGGUCAACUAGUCGAAAUUAUGAUAGAACAACAAAUGAUAGUGAAUUCAUGAUUCGUCGUAGAAAUUCUCGUCUAUUAAUUAAAGAUACAGAUGAUUUAAAUUCACUUGAUCCUAUCAUUGGUUAUGCACAAGAACCAAUUCUUCCGCUUCAUGAUGCAUGUGUACCGUUAAUUUCCAUUAUUCCUGAUAUACUUCACUAUGUUUCAAUUGCUUUAGAACAUACUCCAGAUAUGCCAAGUGAUGAUUUAACUCGUGAUGAAUCAGCUUCGAUCCGUCUCUACACGACGGAAUGGAAAGGUACAAGUGAAAGCUUGUAUUCUCAUCUAAAUCGUGCACUAAGAAAUAGUAAUCGGCAAUGUCUAUAUCCCUGGUUUAAAUAUCUCAAACUUUUUCUCACCGCUAUCGUUAAAUUACCAUGUAUACCACCACAAACUGUAUGGCGUGGCGUACGAAAAUAUGUCAAUGUUGAUCUUAAAGAAGCUCAAAUGAUAUGGUGGUCUUUCUCAUCGACAACUACAUCAUUAACCGUGCUUGAAAAUGAACUCUAUUUAGGUCAAACAGGAGAAAGAACUCUAUUUUCUAUUGAAAUAUUAAAUGGUAGAAGUAUACGUGCUCAUUCACAGUUUAAUGAUGAAGAAGAGAUUCUAUUAUUACCGGGAACAUAUUUAGAAGUACAAUCAAAAUUAGAUCCAGCACCUGAUCUACAUAUCAUUCAUUUGAAACAAACGAUGCCAAACGAAUUAUUAUUAGAACCUCCAUUCGAAGGUGCAUGUCUUUAUCCAGAACUCGAUUUAUCAAGUCGUCGAUGGUAUUUUCGAAAGCGUUUUCUUGUUCCAAUAAUUACAUUGACAAUUAUAACCAUCCUGACAAUUAUUCUUUGUAGUGUUCUAUUAACAAAGCGAACUACUAAAAUACCAGUAAUACCUGCGACGAUCCAUUGGAAUGCAACUAAUUGGGCAACAUCUUGCGAUUUUCCUGGUAAUGAUCUUUCCUAUGUAUUUAUUCCAUCAAUGUUUUGCAAUGCAAAAUGUCUUCUGACACAGGGAUGUACUCAUUACACUUGGACUACUUUUAAUACAGGUAGUUGUUGGAUGAAAAAAAAUAAUAUGUCUAGAGCUGAUGCAAUCUUAACUAAUGAUUCAAGUAUGAUUUGUGGUAUAGUAAACGGUAGUCAACAAGAAGAUUCAAAUUCGACUAUUAUUAUGUGGAAUGGGAAUAAUUGGGCUUUAUCUUGUGCUUUCAAUGGAAAUGAUCUUUCGAAUGUGUUAAUCUCAUCGGAUUAUUGUGAUUUAAAAUGCACUGAAACACCAGGAUGCACUCAUUAUACAUGGACCAAUUUGAAUGGUGGUACUUGUUGGAUGAAAACAAAUAAUGUUUCUAAGAAUGAUGCAUAUAAUACUAAUGAUUCAAGUACAGUUUGUGGUAUAAUCAAUGAUGGACAGCUACAAAUGCCGAAUUCUGAAGUACAAUGGAACGGAAAUAACUGGGCAAUGUCUUGUGAUUUUAUUGGAAACGAUCUCUCCAAUGUCCAGAGUACUUCGGAAUUGUGUUCUCAAAAAUGUACUCAAACUCCGGGAUGUACUCAUUUUUCAUGGAAUUUGUAUAAUGAUGGUACUUGUUGGUUGAAAACGAAUAACGUUACUAAAGCUGAUGCUUUUUCAAAUAAUGAUCUAAAUAUGAUCUGUGGCAUAAUAUAA